AUGACCCAAGUAUCAUCCGUUCUCACGAACACAUUAAAUCCUCCAAAUUCCGCUACUUUAACCAUCCGAUUAAUAAAAAAUUUCGAAUAUCGUACUGUCAAAUAUUUAAUCUUACAUGAAGUUAAUUUAGAAGCUACGACUGUGGAAGAAUUGAAAAAUAUUAUUAAAGAAAAUACAUUAAAACUUUAUACAAAAGCUCAUGGAGCAAAAGCUCAAAAUUUAACAAUAAACCUUGAUCAUGAUGAAUGGAUUUUUGAAAAUGAUGAAACAACUUUAAUUUCACAUAAAUUAGAAUGA